UGGCUAACACAGUCAACGUGAUUCCCAGAUUUUCAGUCAAAUUGCAAAAUAGAAGAGAUACUGGAGCAGUACUAAUUGCAAUAAUAAAAGUUAUAGACAAAAAUAAACAAAUAAAAAGCCGCCUUUUUUCCUUUAGUGCUUUCUUUUCAUUGACCUUUUCCCGAUUCAAUUUGUACAGCUUUUUUCUUCCCUAAUUAGAGAGAGAAAGAGAGAGAAAAAAAGAUAUGAAUGGAGUUGCUCCGCCGAGGAGUUCCGGUUCCGACGGCGGCGGUGUCGAUAAUACGGCGCUUCUCAGAGCCUAUCAGACCUGGAAAGGCAGUAAUAAAUUUUGUCUUCAAGGAAGGUUCAUAUUUGGGCCUGAUGUGAGGUCGCUCUUUAUGACUAUCUUCCUUAUAGUUGCCCCAGUUGCUGUGUUUUGCAUCUUUGUUGCAAGGAAACUUGUAGAUGAUUUUGCUGGUCACUGGGGGUGGUCUAUCAUGGUCGUAGCUGUUGUUUUUACAAUAUAUGUCUUAGUCCUGCUUCUAGUGACAUCUGGAAGAGAUCCUGGUAUAGUUCCUCGCCAUUCUCACCCUCCAGAGCUAGAAAACUUUGAAGGAAGUAUUCCAGCUGGACCUGGUCGAACUCCACAAUUACAUUUGCCCCGUAUGAAGGACGUGAAUGUCAAUGGAAUAACUGUAAAAGUCAAAUAUUGUGAUACCUGCAUGCUGUACAGGCCUCCACGCUGUUCUCACUGUUCAAUUUGCAAUAACUGCGUGGAACGAUUUGACCAUCACUGUCCCUGGGUCGGGCAAUGUAUUGGAUUGAGGAAUUACCGUUUCUUCUUCAUGUUUGUCUUUUCAACAACUCUUCUUUGCUUAUACGUCCAUGGCUUCUGCUGGGUCUAUAUUAGAAGGAUCAUGGAUGGUGAGCAGACCAACGUCUGGAAAGCAAUGGGCAAAACUCCUGCCUCCAUUGUGUUAAUUGUUUAUACAUUCAUAUCAGUCUGGUUUGUUGGUGGCCUGACUGUCUUCCAUCUUUAUCUUAUUGGCACAAACCAGUCGACAUAUGAGAACUUCAGAUAUCGAUAUGAUCGGCGGAUCAAUCCCUUUGACAAAGGUGUAUUCCAGAACUUCUUAGAGAUAUUCUGCACCAGUAUUCCUCCUUCCAAGAACAGAUUCAGGGCCAAAGUGCAGAGAGAACCUGGGAUACCAGCUCGUGAAGUGGCUGGUGGUUUUGUUAGUCCAAACUUGGAGAAAACAAUGAGCGACUUAGAAAUGGGAAGGAAGCCAGGUUGGCAUGAGACUGCAGCAGCAACCGGUGAUUUUGAAGGACAACCGAGAUACGAUAAUCAAUUAGAUAAGGAUGAAGAGGUCUCGGCUGCAUCCCCAGAGCUAAACAACACCACCUUGGCUGAGGGACGUAGUAUCCUACAUCCCAGGCGCUCUAGUUGGGGAAGAAGAAGUGGAACUUUGAAUAUACCACCUGAUGUAAUUGCCAUGGCAUCGGAAAUUGGAGAGUCUAAUCGGACUACUGUCAGUGAUAGUGCUUACCGGAUUGAAAACCAGCUAUAGUAGUUGGGCUGUAUGCUGUUAAAUUAUUGUAGAAGAACCGAACUGACAAGUAGAGAUCUUAAGCCAUAAGGAUGAUUCCGUAAAUGCACGGGAUCAGGUUAUCCUUGAGGAGGUGUGCUGUUGUGUGUAUAAUUCUAUUUUUCUUCUACUUUUAGUUUUCUUUUGUUGGAAAGUUAUUUGGAAUGUGCUUAAUCUGCAAAGAGAGAAAAAAAAAUAUUCUUACCAGUAAUGGCUUCCAACUGUUAUAUGUGAUAUAUUGUGAAGAUUCAAAUUCUAUUCUA